GACAUAUAAAUUAUUCACAAAAUUCCAGCUAGCUGUGGUGGCAGUACCUCCUUUUGUCACAAUUUCUUACAAAAUUGUCUGUGUCAUCUUUAACACAAGACAAUAACUCCAAAAUUCCGAUGCCACAUUCCUACUAUCACCUACACUCGGGUUGUUUAUCCCGACAGUCAUUAAUUUAUUUAGCUAUAUUAAAUAAGGGCACAGUAUUGAUCCAUAAGAACCAAUUUCAGUCUCAACCCGGGUAAAAGAAACACACAGAUUAAUGUAGUCAUAACAUCAACAUUGAGCACAAAAUGUAACAGCAUUAUGGAAAAAAUAAUAACCUUUAAAACCAGCUAAAUUACAACGCAAGACUAUGUUAACAAAAUGUGAAAAGAAAAAGGUAUAGAGCCAGAACAUUUUUUUCUAACCCAGUUUACAUUUCAUCCAAACCUUCUGCUAGAUAAGUAGUAGUCUUACAACAAAAAUGUAAGGCAGCAUAAAGUGAGAAGAAAGGAAAACAAAGACGUGAAAAAAUAACUAUACUAAAAAUUCAGUAUUAUGAAAUCUUAUUACAGGGAAGACAUACCCUACAACAAAUUUAACAGGACACUGACAUGCAGUUUAUUAUGGAAUAAUAUUUUGGGCUAAGAGAUUUGGCAAGACAGUACUUCACACUUGACAUACAGCGUCAAACAUUUUGUAUAAAACUACAAAAUCCAAGUUACGGCUAAGGUAAUUCAGUUCCUAUGUUAAAAUCACAUCGUUGAUACAGAAAUACUCCUGUCCUUGCUUGUUACGGGGAUUUAAUUUUACACUUUUGCUAGGGUGGCGUUACCGAAAUCCGUCGGUCCCCCGCGAGCCAGGUGCAAAAGGUGAGGAUAACAAGAUAUCCGUUGUCAGAGUGACAGGAAACGGCACUACAACACCGAACUACAUUGUAGUCCAGUAUAAACAAGCAAGUAGGAAGAGGACAGAUAGUCUCCAAUCUAUCCUGCUUAUUCAAGAAAAAAUAGCCAUACUUUUCCAGCUGUUAGAAGACAAACAAUCGGAAAUUGCCCAAGACCAGUCCGGCUAGCAAAAUCCUACUCGGCCAAGCUGAGAUGCAGUCGCUUUGACGUGCGUGACGUCGCUUCCUUCCAACAUGGCGAAAAUGUAUUGGUAAUAGAGGAAUGAAUAAUCACUGAAACCCUUCACUUCUUAUGUCUGUUACUUUUAUAACUAUAAAAUAAAACACUUUGGCAUUAUUACCGGGAGGGAGGACGCAGCAUUGGAACGGGGACCUUCUUCCUCAUCAAAGCUCCCCACAGAUAAGCCAUGUAUGAAGGGAAAAAUACGAAAAAUAUGUUCUUGACUCGAGCUCUAGAGAAGAUUUUGGCCGAUAAAGAGGUGAAGAAGGCUCAUCAUUCUCAGCUGCGCAAAGCCUGUGAAGUGGCCCUUGAUGAAAUAAAAAGUGAAACAGAAAAUCAAAGCCCACCACAUGAAGACCUGAGGACUAGUUCAAGUACACUUCCACCGGUGAAAUCAAAGAAUACCUUUAUAGAGGCUGAUAAAUAUUUCUUACCAUUUGAGCUGGCAUGCCAGUCAAAAUGUCCUCGUAUAGUCAGUACAUCCCUAGACUGUUUACAGAAACUCAUAGCUUAUGGGCAUCUUACUGGCAGUGCACCAGACAGUACAGCACCUGGCAAAAAACUAAUUGAUAGAAUUAUUGAAACAAUUUGUGGCUGCUUCCAAGGUCCACAGACAGAUGAAGGAGUCCAACUACAGAUAAUAAAGGCACUUCUCACUGCAGUAACAUCCCAGCAAAUAGAGAUACAUGAGGGAACUGUGUUGCAGGCAGUACGAACAUGUUAUAAUAUUUAUUUGGCAAGCAAAAAUCUCAUAAACCAAACCACUGCUAAAGCUACUCUCACACAGAUGCUGAAUGUUAUUUUUGCACGAAUGGAAAAUCAAGCUCUGCAGGAGGCAAAACAGUUAGAAAAAGAACGGAGUCGUCACCAGCAUUUACAACAGUCACCUGUAAGUCAUCAUGAACCAGAGUCCCCUAACCUGAAGCAUUUGCAAGAACAAGCCAUUCUUCUAAUCAAACAGUCUGAAGCUGAAUCAGAGAGGCAGUCUCAUGAAGGUGAUACAUAUAGCCAAAGAGACACUGAACCUGAAAAUGAAUCAGACUCUUGUAGUAUAGAAAAUGAGCAGCCAGAGGCUGACCAGGGAAUACCAGCUGAAAAUUUAUCUCAAAGUACAGCAGAAGUUUAUGAUGGUGACAUUAACGACUAUGAAGAAAAGGCACAAGAAAUUGUACAAAGCAUUCUCCAGGAAGUGGUGAAUAUAGUUGCUGGAGAGUCAGAAAUGCAUUUUGGUGGAAGAGGAAGUGCUGAUAGUACUACUGGAACAUUAGAAGAUGUGAGUGACUAUGAAAACAUUCAAGCUAAUGGAAUCCCUGGGACUCCAGUUUCAAUGGCAUAUACACCAUCACUUCCAGAUGACAGAGUUUCAGUAUCUUCCAGUGACACUCAGGAGUCCGGAACUGCUACAGGGCCUUCUCCUGGUGCGAAAUUUUCCCACAUUCUGCAGAAGGAUGCCUUUCUAGUGUUUAGAUCACUUUGUAAGUUAUCAAUGAAGCCUCUUUCAGAUGGCCCACCUGAUCCAAAGUCUCACGAACUUCGUUCAAAAGUUCUUUCAUUGCAGCUUCUUCUGUCAAUUCUUCAAAAUGCUGGACCUAUUUUCAGAACAAAUGAGAUGUUUAUCAAUGCUAUCAAACAGUACCUGUGUGUUGCACUGUCCAAAAAUGGAGUCUCUUCUGUGCCAGAAGUCUUUGAGCUGUCCCUCUCCAUCUUCCUUACCCUGCUGUCAAAUUUUAAAACUCAUUUAAAGAUGCAAAUUGAGGUUUUCUUCAAAGAAAUAUUUCUUUAUAUUUUGGAAACAUCAACCAGCUCAUUUGAUCAUAAAUGGAUGGUAAUUCAAACACUAACAAGGAUAUGUGCAGAUGCCCAGGGUGUGGUGGACAUUUAUGUAAACUAUGAUUGUGACUUGAAUGCUGCUAACAUAUUUGAAAGACUUGUCAAUGACCUGUCAAAGAUUGCACAAGGUAGAGGCAAUCAGGAGUUGGGAAUAAAUCAUGCACAGGAACUGAACUUAAGGAAAAAAGGUUUAGAAUGUUUGGUGUCUAUCUUGAAGUGCAUGGUAGAAUGGAGUAAAGAUCUGUAUGUGAACCCAAACUCUCAGACAAGCCUUGGGCAGGAAAAACCAACAGAGCACGAUGCUACUGAAAUUAAGCACUCUGAAACCAUCAACAGAUAUGGAAGUUUGAAUUCUCUAGACUCAACGGCAUCAUCAGGUGUGGGCAGCUAUAGUACUCAGAUGUCUGGGACAGAUAAUCCCGAGCAGUUUGAGGUCCUAAAACAGCAGAAAGAAAUAAUAGAACAGGGAAUAGACUUGUUCAACAAAAAGCCAAAGAGAGGAAUACAGUACCUACAGGACCAAGGAAUGCUUGGCACUACUCCAGAAGAUAUCGCCCAGUUCUUACAUCAGGAAGAACGAUUAGACUCUACUCAGGUGGGCGAUUUUCUUGGAGAAAAUGAGAAGUUUAACAAAGAAGUAAUGUAUGCCUAUGUGGACCAGCUGGACUUCUCAGGGAAAGAUUUUGUUUCAGCUCUCCGCAUGUUUCUAGAGGGAUUUCGUCUUCCAGGUGAAGCUCAAAAAAUUGAUAGGCUUAUGGAAAAGUUUGCAGCAAGAUAUUUGGAAUGCAAUCAAGGACAGACCCUGUUUGCUAGUGCAGAUACAGCUUAUGUUCUUGCCUAUUCAGUAAUAAUGUUGACAACUGAUCUUCACAGCCCGCAGGUAAAGAAUAAAAUGACAAAGGAGCAGUAUAUUCAGAUGAACAGAGGCAUCAAUGACAGCAAAGACUUGCCUGAGGAGUAUCUCUCUGCUAUCUAUGAUGAAAUAGCAGGAAAGAAGAUAUCUAUGAAAGAAACAAAAGAACUAGCCAUCACAACAAAAUCAAGUAAACACAAUGUAGCAAGUGAAAAGCAACGUAGGCUGUUAUAUAACAUGGAAAUGGAACAAAUGGCUAAAACUGCAAAAGCACUCAUGGAGGCAGUGAGCCAUGUGCAAGCAUCCUUUACCAGUGCAACACACUUGGAACAUGUUAGGCCAAUGUUUAAGCUGGCAUGGACUCCCUUUUUGGCUGCAUUUAGUGUAGGUCUUCAAGACUGUGAUGACACAGAGGUAGCCUCCCUUUGCUUAGAAGGUAUACGAUGUGCAAUAAGGAUUGCAUGCAUCUUCACUAUUCAGCUUGAAAGAGAUGCCUACGUUCAAGCUCUGGCAAGAUUUACCUUACUAACAGCAAGCAGUGGCAUCACUGAAAUGAAGCAGAAGAAUAUUGACACUAUCAAGACACUUAUUACAGUCGCUCACACUGAUGGCAACUAUUUGGGCAAUUCCUGGCAUGAGAUUCUGAAGUGCAUCAGUCAGCUAGAGCUUGCACAGUUAAUUGGUACUGGAGUGAAGCCACGCUACAUCUCGGGGACAGUGAGAGGCAGAGAAGGUUCAAUCUCUGGAGCAAAAGAUCCACCUCCUGAUGAGUUUGUAGGUCUGGGAUUAGUUGGAGGUACCGUGGAUCGAAAGCAGAUUGCCAGUAUUCAGGAAUCCAUUGGAGAGACCAGCUCACAGAGUGUUGUUGUAGCUGUAGACAGAAUUUUCACUGGAUCAACAAGACUUGAUGGAAAUGCAAUCGUGGAUUUUGUACGUUGGCUUUGUGCUGUAUCUAUGGAUGAACUUGGCUCUGCUACACAUCCCCGAAUGUUCAGCUUACAGAAGAUAGUAGAGAUCUCAUAUUACAACAUGGGUCGUAUCAGACUACAGUGGUCUAGAAUAUGGGAAGUAAUUGGUGAUCAUUUUAACAAGGUUGGCUGUAAUCCUAAUGAAGAUGUGGCUAUUUUUGCUGUUGACUCCUUAAGGCAGCUGUCAAUGAAGUUCCUGGAGAAGGGAGAGCUAGCUAAUUUCCGAUUUCAGAAGGAUUUUUUAAGGCCUUUUGAACACAUAAUGAAGAAAAACAGGUCCCCAACCAUCAGAGACAUGGUAGUGCGCUGUAUAGCCCAGAUGGUCAAUUCCCAGGCUGCUAAUAUUCGCUCGGGCUGGAAGAAUAUAUUUUCUGUAUUUCAUUUAGCUGCUUCUGACCAGGAUGAAAGUAUAGUGGAAUUGGCAUUUCAGACAACUGGACAUAUAGUUACAAAUGUUUUUGAAAAGCAUUUUCCAGCUACCAUUGAUUCCUUUCAGGAUGCAGUGAAGUGUUUAUCGGAAUUUGCGUGUAAUGCUGCUUUUCCCGAUACCAGCAUGGAAGCCAUUCGUCUCAUUCGUCAUUGUGCGAAAUAUGUUUCAGACAGACCUCAAGCCUUCAAAGAAUACACAAGUGAUGACAUGAAUGUAGCUCCAGAAGAUAGAGUAUGGGUGAGAGGAUGGUUCCCAAUUCUGUUUGAAUUGUCAUGCAUAAUAAACAGAUGCAAACUGGAUGUCCGGACACGAGGCCUAACAGUGAUGUUUGAAAUAAUGAAAACUUACGGCUGCACCUUUGAGAAACACUGGUGGCAAGACCUUUUCAGGAUCGUCUUUAGAAUUUUUGACAACAUGAAGCUUCCUGAGCAACAAACUGAGAAAGCUGAGUGGAUGACAACAACCUGUAAUCAUGCACUUUAUGCCAUCUGUGAUGUUUUCACUCAAUAUUUUGAAGUGCUCAGUGAUGUCCUUUUGGAUGAUAUAUUUGCACAACUGUACUGGUGUGUACAGCAAGAUAAUGAACAACUUGCUCGAUCUGGGACAAACUGCCUGGAAAACGUUGUGAUACUUAAUGGAGAAAAAUUUUUACUAGAAACAUGGGACAAAACAUGUCACUGUAUGUUAGAUAUAUUUAAAACAACAAUUCCUCAUGCGUUAUUAACAUGGCGAGCGUCCGGAUCAGAAGGUGACUCGGGAUCACAGACUGAUGUUAGUGAAAAGCAUGUGGAUGGCAUGUUCCAAAGUUCAAUGGAUAUCCAUGUGCAUGAAGUUGACAGGCAAACUAAUGUGGAAAAAAGAUUUCAUGGUCCAUUCGUUACAGUGCCAGGGACAAAUGAAGAGGCAAACAAGUCUAGAACUUACACAAAAUACCAAGAUCAGAAGUUAUUUUCUGCACUCCUUAUUAAGUGUGUUGUGCAGCUGGAGCUAAUUCAGACCAUAGACAACAUUGUAUUUUUUCCUGCUACGAGCAGAAAAGAAGAUGCAGAGAAUCUGGCAGCUGCUCAGCGAGAUGCAGUUGAGCUGGAUGUUCACAUAGAUACACAAGAUCAAGGCAUGUAUCGUUACCUCACUUCUCAGCAGCUUUUCAAAUUAUUAGAUUGUUUGCUAGAAUCACAUCGCUUUGCUAAGGCUUUCAACUCUAACAAUGAGCAAAGAACAUCCCUCUGGAAGGCAGGUUUCAAAGGCAAAUCAAAACCAAACCUUUUGAAGCAGGAAACUAGUAGUAUAGCCUGUGGUCUUCGUAUUCUGUUUCGAAUGUAUAUGGAUGAAAGCCGCAGUGAUGCAUGGGAAGAAGUCCAGCAGAGGCUACUGAAUACCUGCAAUGAGGCCUUAAGUUAUUUCCUUACUCUCACAUCCGAAAGUCACAGAGAGGCUUGGACUAAUCUCCUACUUUUGUUCUUAACGAAAGUGCUUAAAAUAAGUGACGAAAGGUUCAUGGCCCAUGCUGCAUGUUACUAUCCCCUGUUAUGUGACAUUAUGCAGUUCGAUCUCAUCCCAGAGCUACGAGUUGUACUGCGUAAAUUCUUCCUUCGCAUUGGGACAGUUUUUAGAAUAACUCGUCCAUCAGAACAUGAUCACUUCAUAAAGCAACAGUAGCAUUCAACUUACCAUCUGAGUUAAUGUUAAGAAAUGAAUAACCCAUGACUUAAUUACGGGAGCACGUGUAUCAGGAGGCAAAUCAUGCCUUCUGCCUAAAACUCCUUUGAAUGGUUGUUCUGUAUUUGGCAUCUCUCAGAUAGAUUGAAGGUACAUUGUGGAUGCUUUGACUUAUCCUAAGCUUGCUGCACUUACUUUCCUUACAGUUAAGGAUCUCCAUCACUGAAUACUUACACAAGGCUUCUGCUGAGCAUAAGCCAUUAAUCAGUAGCGCUGGUACUUCAUCCUGUGCAGUAUCUUCCUUAUCCCAGUCACCAGUUUACCAAUGUUUCACAGAUUUUGUAUGUGGUCUGUGGAAAAAAUGUUUAUUGUUUCAGAGGAUUUUGCUUCUGGAAGCAACAACGGUCUGUACUUUGAAGGAAGGAGAUCUCAAGAAUGGUAAAAUAAUAAGUUAUAAGUAAAAAUUAUAAAAAGUAAAAUGAAAAAAUGCAAAGUCUGGUAACAUUUUGAAAUUACUUUUUUUACAUAGUGUUUAUCAAAAAUAUCAGCAACUUCUGUGAAAUUGGUUGUACAGAAAUGUAGUUCUGUAAUAUAAAACACUAUACAAAUCUUCCUAUAUUAUUUUUAUUUCAAUGUUUUAUUGAUUUUCUGGAGUUGCAUAAUUUUAUUGAUUUUUUUUACAUAUAUAUGCACUUGGGGUAUCUUCCUGUUGCGGGAACUGUACAUUUUCUCACACUGAGCUGUACUAUAUGAAUCUUGUUGAAAAGAACUAGGGCAGUUUGUACUGAACUAGGAAAAUGUACACUAUGGAAUGCUACUACCUGUAUUUUUUUUAAGUUGGAGCAUUUGUAAAAAAAAAAAAAAAAAAAAAAAAAAAAGGGCAAUUAAAGAUGAUCCUUUAAAGAUUGUAUGUUAAGUCACUGUUAAGAUGCCGGGAGUGUUUUCUCCUUUGAGGUAAAAGUGUCUCCUUGGCUGAGGCUGGUUUCAAGGUGGGUACAGACUUCACUGCUAAAACAUAUUGAUGCAGUUUUGGCUUGGGGUGGCUACUUUCAUUGGAGGUAUGCCAUAUACUGUGAAUUGUGCUAGUAUGUUGCAGAUAUGGUAAAUGAGAGUUGUAAGCAUUCCUUAUCAAGGUUGGUGUAGAAAAUUGUUCUGAAGGAUAAACACUGUAUAUGAUACAUUUAUGUAAAGUUUUAUAUGUAAAAACUAGAAAAUUCUGUACAGUACUGUUCUCAUCUGCCAUAUUCUGAUCUGUUAUAGGUCAAUAAAAUUUCUGAACUCUGA